AUGGCUAAAAUCCUGACCAAAGGUUCCAAACAGACUCCCAAUGCUGCUACUUGUUUAAACUACAUCUCCGAAGGUUGGAUCCAAACAUUCGGACGACCAAAGACGUUGAGGCUCGAUCCGGCUGGGAGUUUUAGGUCUGCCGCAGUAGAAAGUUUCUGUGAUAGAAGCGAUAUCUAUUUGGAUGUGAUUCCUGGGGAAGCACAUUGGCAAAUCGGCAUCGCGGAACAGGCCAUACAGGGAGUGAAGCAGUUGAUGAACAAGUUACAUGAGCAUGAUCCGGAAUUGACUCCGGAACAACUGCUGAGCUUGUCAGUGGCGACGUUCAAUCAACGAGAGAUGGUGAGAGGUUUCUCGCCAGUGCAACAUGUUUUGGGACAGUCGCCAGACGCGACAGACAGGCAUGUGCCCACAGUGCGACCACAAGAUGUGGAACCUAUCUUGAAUGACACUGUUGCUGAAUUUCAGAAGGAAGCUGAGCGAAGAGCGGUGGCUGAGAGGGCACUUGUAGAUUGGCAAGCACAGCAACGUGUGAAUCGGGCUAUGAAUUCGAGGAGACUGCUAAAGUGUUCCCCAGAACAAUUACGUCCCGCGAGCCAGCGAGAAGAGCUUUUGGAAUCCAUUUCUCAAAGUGAUCCCACACCCUGGACAUUCACGAAGUUAUCGGAAGAGAUAGGUGGGAACCAGUAUGAAGAUAUUAGUGACGAGGUUCCGCGGGAAGAGGAGUGGAAUCGAGCUCAGGACGCCUCUCGAGAAGUGCAACCGAGCCGGAUGCGGAUUCACGGGAAACGCCCAGUUCCUCAACCAGGAAUUGAUGACGACAUUGGCAUGGAGGAAGAGGGCGGCAACAACCAACCAAGUCGAGUUCGCAGGACCGCCGAGCAACAGGGACCACGAGGACCAGAACGUGAACGUGUUGCCUGGUCGGAACUUGUGCAUGAAUCCGCGUGGGCAGUACAUGAAACGAGCUAUUGGACCGACGAACAAGCAGCUGUAGAAAUUGCGAUUGACCUUCCCACGCGCGGGAAGGAAGCAGAGCGGUUUUGCAAAGACGCACAAGCAUAUCUGGUGAGCAUGCUGAAGCGUCGGGCUGUGGAGGUGAGUGAAAAGAGGCUAUCGGCGGAAGAUCGGGAGAAGUUCGCAGCCGCCAAGGACAAGGAAGUUAAAAACUUCAUUUCAGCACAAGCAUUUGAAGCAUUGCCAAAAGAGCUGCAACCAGCCAAAGAACAGGCUAUCGGUAUGCGAUGGCUGCUGACCUGGAAGGUUCAAGACGAUGGCAGUGUGAAGCCAAAAGCAAGGGCCAUUCUACUAGGGUAUCAAGACCCCCAAUACGAGUUUCGCUCAACCACCGCCCCCGUCAUGACGAGACAAACCCGACAGUUAUUCCUCCAAGCUGCUGCGAAUCGAGGCUGGCGCAUUCGCAAGGGAGACAUUUCAGGGGCGUUCUUACAAGGGCGGGAUUAUCCUGAUGAGCUGUUCUGUAUACCCUGCGACGAAAUCCUUUCGGCAAUGAACCUCCCAAAAGGCUCCAUUACUCGAUUGAAGAGGGCAUGCUACGGUUUGGUGGAUGCUCCUUUGGAGUGGUACAAGACGGUGGCCGAGUUCAUGGAGAGCAUAGGCUUAACUAGGCUGUGGAGCGACGCUUGCGCUUGGGUGUGGAAACCUCAGGGUCAGUUACGGGGGAUGGUCACCGGACAUGUUGAUGACUUCAUGUUUGGGGGUCGUGAUGAUGAUCAGGGCUGGCAACAGGUGUUACAGUUGAUUAAAGAGAGAUUCAAGUGGGGAGACUGGGACCAGGACCACUUCACACAGUGUGGUGUUCAGAUCAACAGCGUGCCGGAAGGGUUUACGUUGACGCAACCUCGCUAUCUUGAUGGCCUGGCUGAGAUUCCUGUUUGCAGUAGCCGGAAGAAACAGAAGGGAGCCCCAACCAAUGAUCGUGAAAAAUCCCAACUUCGUGCUUUGUUAGGAGGGUUGAGUUGGUACGCCCAACAAACCGGACCCCACAUAGCUGCCGAGGUCAGUUUGCGUCUCUCCGACAUUUGCGAAUCCACAGUUGAAACCAUCCUGCAGGUUAACCAACUGCUUGAGUAUGCCCGACAACGUCAGGACCACAAGCUUGUGAUACACAGGUGCCAAGAUGAGGACAUGCAGUUCUUCGCGUGGGUUGAUGCGGCGAACAAGAAUCGUAGGAAUGAGGGCAGCACUCAAGGGAUUUUCAUAGGAGCUGCUUCUAGGGCUUUGCUUCAGGGCGAAGUGUGCACGGUGAGUCCUAUGUCAUGGCACUCAACGAAGAUAGACAGAGUGUGCCGCAGCCCAGGGGCAUCAGAAACUCAGGCAGCGGUGAAUGGGGAGGACUCCUUGUUCUACAUGCGCUACCAAUGGGCCGAGAUGAGAGGACAAGGAGUUGACCUUCAAAAUCCCUCGAACACAGCGGCGCAGGUGGGCGGCACGAUCAUUACUGACUCCCGGAACGUGUACGACAAGCUGCACAACACGGUGUUGACGAUUCAGGGAGCCGAGAAGAAAUCGAACCUGGAGCUCCUCAGCGUGAAGGAGUCACAGAUGAACACGGGCUUAGGGGUGCGUUGGGUCCACUCGGAGGCCCAACUCGCCAAUGCUCUCACGAAAAAGGGAGCAAAAGAACUAGAGCUCUACUACAAGAUGGACUUUCGAUGGCGAAUAGUUGAAGAUCCUUCGAUGAAAUCGGCCAGACGACGACGCAUGGACGGUCUGACACCUCUCGAGCAGGCUUCUUUACCAAUUUGA